UAGCUUCCGGUGUCCCCCAGCGAGGCGCUUCCGGUCUGUGCCCGCGGCCUCACCGUGGUGUGCGGGCACCGGGCAGCCUCUGUGCGAACGCGAGCGGAAGGGUGAGGAGAGGCCUCGGCGGUUCCGGCCAUGCCGCCCGUGAAGGCCGGCGGUAAGGAAGCCCUGGUGCUGCAGUGCGAGUGGGAGGCGUGCAGCUACGUGGCCUCCGCCAUGGAGGAGUUCUGCGGGCAUGUGGCCCAGCACCUGCGGCUGCACCUGCCCGGCGAGCAGCGGGACGAGCUGGACCCUCUCGAGGAAUACACGUGUCUGUGGCAGGAAUGUGGUUUCUGUUCCCCGGAGAGCCCCGCCGACCUCAUCCGCCAUGUCUACUUCCACUGCUACCAUACCAAGCUAAAGCAGUGGGGACUGCAGGCCCUGCAGGGCCAGUCGGAGGUGAGCCACUGCCAGCUGGACUUCCAGAGCCGCAACAUCAUCCCUGAAAUCCAGGAGAACUUUCAGUGCCUAUGGGAGUACUGCGAGAGAUCAUUUGAUAAUCCCGAGUGGUUCUAUCGGCACGUGGAGGAUCACAGCUUCUGUUCGGAAUAUAAGGCUGCUGGGAAGGAGAACCAUGUGGUCCUCUGUGGCUGGAAAGACUGUGACUGCACCUUCAAAGGGCGCUGCAAGCUGCGGGAGCACCUGCGGAGCCACACGCAGGAGAAGGUGGUGGCCUGCCCUACCUGUGGUGGGAUGUUUGCCAACAACACCAAGUUCUUUGAUCACAUUCGCCGUCAGACCGCGCUGGACCAGCAGAGGUUUCAGUGUUCUCACUGUUCCAAGAGGUUCGCCACAGAGAGGCUGCUUCGUGACCACAUGAGGAACCACGUGAACCAUUAUAAGUGCCCUCUGUGUGACAUGACCUGCCCACUGCCCUCCUCCCUGCGGAAUCACAUCCGUUUUCGGCACAGUGAGGAGCGACCGUUCAAAUGUGACUAUUGUGACUACAGGUGCAAGAAUCUCAUUGACUUGAGGAAACAUCUGGAUACGCACAGCAAAGAGCCGGCCUAUCGCUGCGAGUUUGAGGCUUGCAGCUUCACUGCACGUUCCCUCUGCUCCAUCAAACUGCACUACCGGAAAGUCCACGAGGGUGACUCAGAACCCCGCUAUAAGUGCCAUGUCUGUGACAAGAGCUUCACACGUGGAAACAACCUUACUGUCCACCUCAGGAAGAAACACCAGUUCAAAUGGCCUUCAGGGCAUCCUCGCUUCAGGUACAAGGAACACGAGGAUGGCUACAUGAGGCUGCAGCUGGUGCGCUAUGAGAGUGUGGAGCUGACGGAGCAGCUGUUGAAGGAUGGAGAGAAACAGGAGGAGGCACUGGAUGGCUCCACUGACGGUGUGGUGCUGUCUGAAGCUCUGAGCAAGCACAGCCCAGUACCUUCUCAGGAGCAGUGCAGUCCUCAGAGCAGGAGCCCAGCACCCCAGCCAACCCCAUCAUCCGUGUGGUGAACCGGACCAACGAGCACGGGGAGAGUGAGACUGUGUAUUAUAUCAUGGCCAGCACACUCUCAGAGGAGCGGGCAGCAGCAGGCAGUGGGCUGGCUAUGGA